AUGCAAGCUGUGAACAAUUUGACAGUGAACAAAUUUAUUCUUUUAGGUUUUUAUAAUAUCCAUAAAUACCAAAAUGUACUAUUUUGUGCUGUUCUAUUGGCAUACAUUAUAUGUAUGAUCGGAAACUUUACUAUCAUAAUUUUAGUUAGAACUGAGACUUGUCUUCGUAGCCCAAUGUACUUUUUCAUUGGUAUAUUUUCUACUUUGGAGGUAAUGUUUGUCUCAGUAACUGUUCCAAAACUUUUAGCUAUCCUCAUUCAGACUAAGAGGACAAUUUCAGUUUCUGAAUGUUUUACACAGAUGUACACCUUCAAUGCACUUGGGGAAACUGAAUGCUUCCUACUUGCAUUAAUGGUCUUUGACCGUUUUUUAGCUAUAAACAACCCAUUACAUUAUUUUGCUAUUAUGAACAGUAAAUAUUGUUACAAAUUGGCAGUCUUUCCAUGGUUGUUCGGUUUUAUUGUGUCUGUUUUUCCAACAAUUUUUACAAUGCUUUUGGAUUUUUGUGGCCCAAAUGAGAUCAAUCACUUCUUCUGUGACCUGGCACCUUUGCAGAAUUUGGCAUGUUCAGACCCAUUUGUCAGUAAUGUGGCCACAAGUGUGGCGACUGUUAUUUCUAUUGUUUUGCCUUUCUUUACUAUAAUAGGAUUCUACUUUCAUAUCAUAAGGACUGUGUUAAAGAUUAAAACCAAAAAGGGCAAAAAGAAAGCUUUCUCCACUUGUUCAUCUCAUCUCAUUGUAGCUUCUAUAUUCUAUGGCUCUGCUAUUAUUGUGUAUAUUAGACCCAAAGGCAGUCACUAUGACAAAUUUCUUGCUCUCAUGUAUACUGUUGUUAUACCAAUGCUGAACCCCUUUAUUUAUGCUUUCAGAAAUAGAGAGGUAAAGAAUGCUUUAAGAAACUUAAGUAGACAGCUUCACAGGUGUUCUCAAAGUUAA